CGUGUCUGUACAGUCACCUACACCCGGCCUGUGAGUGGUCCGCUGCCCCCAUCUGUCUAUCCCACCCGGCAGGCUGCUGUUGUCUAUAGUAUCGUCUGUGUGUCUUCCAGCCUGUUUCUCUGGGGGUUGUUCAGUCCACAGCUCCGAACGCCGUCGCUUCGGCCAUGAGCACAGGCACCUGGGUGGGACCCUGGAGGCCGCACCGACCCAGAGGGCCGAUCGCAGCCCAUUACAGUAGCCCCGGACCCAAGUACGGGCUGCCGGGAUCCACGGGUUUCGAACAGCACGACACGACCAAGUUCCGAUCUCCAGCAUACAGUUUUGGUGUUCCUCAUGCCCGCCUGACGGUGGACAGCUCCCCAGGGCCGGCGUACCUCAUCCCCUCCUUGCUCACCAGGAGGGGUAGGGACAGCACCCCUGCCUACUCCCUCUACAGCCGCCCCAAGGAGAUCCGCUCCUUCCAGACGCCGGGACCAGGAACCUAUGCCCCCGAGAGCUCGGGACGUUCAGCCUACUCAGCAACCCCUGCAUUCUCCAUCGCUGGGAGAACCAAAGGCUUCAGGACUGACCUGUCACCGGGCCCUGCAGCCUACCUCCUGCCUUCUGUGCUGGGUCCAAACAUUGUCACCAAAGCUUCUUCUGCCAACUUUUCUCUGAGUGGACGAAGCAAGACCGGCAGUUUCCAUGAAGACUUACAGAAGACCCCAGGACCAGGAGCAUACAGAGUCACCGACACCAGUGUGUACAAGCAGAAACCUCCUCAGUUCAGUAUCUUAGGUCGGAACCAGUUGCCCGGUGAUUCAACAAGAAAACCGGGACCUGGCAGUCACAGUCCGGAAAAGGUUGUAGUCAACCGCAACGUAGCUCCUGCCUUCUCCUUUGGUGUCAAGCAUUCAGAAUAUGUGGCCCCAGUAAUCAUUGAUGCUGUGUAAUAUCGCCAGCUCAUACUGAAGGAAAUACUUCCAGCUACUCCUGACUCCUU